AUGCUAACUCAUCAACCUAAUCCUCAUCUUGUGGUCUUCGUUGCCGUCGUCAUCGCCAUCAUCACCGUUGCCUCUCCAAAGCGUCUUCUGAGUAGUCCAGACUUCCGUGCCCGCAGCAUCCGGUCAUGGCUUGGCUUCAGAUUUCAAGUAGGCAGCAGCUCAUUUGAGGAGAGAAUCAGCACAUUCGAUGCAUCACUGCGGCUUGAGUGA